AUGUCCGUGGGUAUAACAACACCAUCAACAGUCGAUUCGAAUAAUAAUAAUCAAUAUAUUUAUACUAAAUCUGACUACGCAUCAGAUGCCAUUUCAAAAUUUGCUUUGUAUCUUCGAGAUGGAUUUCUUUGUGACAUUACAUUUAUUUGUGAACUUGGACAGAUAAAACGACGAUUCGUUGCUCAUCGUCUUGUUGUUUCAACAUUAUCUGAUUAUUUUCGUGUUAUGUUUGAAAAUCAUGUACAAAAUGAAAUUAUUUUAAAUAAUACAGAUGCAGAUAUUUUUGAAAAAUUUAUUCUCUAUGCAUAUGAAGGUCAUCUUGAAAUAAAUUCAAAUGAUGUUGUUAAAAUUCUUGAAACUUCACAUAGUUUUCAUAUUACUGAAAUUGUUGAUUUAUGUUGUAAUUUUAUUAAAAAACAACUUCAAUCAUCUAAUUGUCUUAGUUUAUAUCGAUUUGCUUCACUACAUAAUUUAUUAGAUUUAAUGCAACAUAUAUGGACUUAUAUUCUUGAACAUUUUUCGGAAAUUAUUUCCAAUAACCAAGAAUUUCUUAAUCUAUCAUAUGAUGAACUAAAACAAUUUUUAGCAUCUGAUGAUAUUAAUGUUGAAUCAGAAGAAAUUGUCUAUGAAGCAUUUCUUCGUUGGCUUGAUUAUGAUUUUAAUCGACGAAAUGAAUACUUAGCAGAAUUAUUUAGUUUAAUUCGAUUGCCUUUAAUCAAAAGAAAAUAUUUAACAGAUCUUAUUGAUGGUAAUGAAAGAUUUGAGAAUAAUACUGUAUGUCAAAUGUUUAUUAUUGAAGCCAUGCGCUAUCAUUUAGCACCUGAAAAACGUUCAACUAUGAAAUCAAUAAGAACUCAACCAAGAAAAUCAACACUUGGUUGUCUUUAUUGUUUAGGAGGAUAUGAUAGUAUUAAAAAUUCACAAACAAUUGAAAAGUAUGAUUUUCGAACACAUACUUGGCAAAUCGAUAGUCAAUGGAAUAGUCGACGUUGUCAAUUUGCUUGUAUUAGAUUAAAUAAUAAAUUAUAUGUAUGUGGAGGUCGAGAUGGUCUUAAAGCAUUAAAUAGUACGGAAAUCUAUAAUUUUCAAACAAAAACUUGGACUAUGGGUCCUCCAAUGAUUACGAAUCGUUAUGAUUUAGAUGUUACAUGUAUUGGUGGUCCUAUAUAUGCUGUUGGUGGUCAUGAUGGACGAGCUAUUCUUGAUACUGUUGAACGUUUCAAUCCGGAUACUUCUGAAUGGACUUAUGUUGCGUCGAUGAAUAGUGCACGAUAUACAUUAGGCGUUGGUGUACUUGAAAAUCGAAUCUAUGCUAUUGGAGGUGAAGAUAGUGCAACAAGUCUUCGAGAUACUGAAUCAUUUGAUCCACAUACGAAUCGUUGGAUACAAUGUGCAUCUAUGCAUAAACGUCGUGGUAGCGUAGCUGUAGUUGCUUGUAAUGGAUUUAUUUAUGCUGUUGGUGGACAUGAAAUAUCAACAAUAAAUAAAAGUCUUAUCAGGCAUGAUGAUGGCGAACGUUAUGAUCCAAAAUGUAAUCAAUGGACAUUGAUUACAUCAUUUAGUCGACCAAAAGAAGCUUUAGGAAUUGCUGUUGUGAAUACUAAAUUAUAUAUUGUUGGUGGUUUUGAUGGAAAAGGUUUGAAUGAAAUGGAAAGAUAUGAUACAGAAACUGAUAAAUGGAGAAAGUCUUCACCAUUGAAAACAAAAAGAGUUGAUGCAUGUCUUAUUCAUGUGCCUAGUUCAAUUCAUCAAACAAUAACUUGGCCAGUAUUAUCUCAAGGAAAUAAAGAAAAUGUGAUUAAUAUUGCUUCUCAAGUAAAUCGUAUUAUACUUUCAUAG